UCAUUCAGCUCCAGAAUCCACCAGGUUCCAGAUUCUGAUGAGCGCGCCGUGGUCGGCGCGAAGGGGCCUCUGGGAAAGGUAGUUUCCGCGCCUAAAGCCUGGGGGCGGGGCCGUGUUCCCGCAAGCGCAAGGCAGCACGGUCUCCGCCGAUUCUCCCUCUGGGAGGUGGAGUCUGGCCGGCGGAACCGCAGCGGCCCUGAGACUUGUGGGAAUUCGGCCCAGCGGUUCCCAGGGCAACGCGCAAGCGCAGUUCAGCUCCCGGCUGCAGACUCCAGCUCAUUGUGUUCUGACUGCGAUGUGGCGCUUGCGAUCUCUCGCCGCCGGCAGAGGCUCCUCGAAGGGCGACACGGGGGCGACCAGGCACGGUGGUCAAAGCCGCAGAGGGAGAGCGGGAGCGGUCGUGAGGUCGUCUGGGGAGAAGGGCGGAGGCAAAGCCGAGGAGGUGCGGUUGUGGUCCCUUCUGGAGGACGCUGAUCCAAUGCCCCAAACUUCCCGGAAUCAGGUGUGUAGACCCUUCUAGCCUGAGGAGUUCUGCAGGUGUGAAGCUCCACACCUGCCUCCAUAGCACUUUGCCUGUCUCUAAGAGGGCUCAUCGGAGAAGAAAGAAUGGCUGUCAGCCACCUGCCAACCAUGGGCCAGGAAUCGGUGACCUUCAAGGAUGUGGCUGUGCUCUUCACCCAGGAAGAGUGGGGGCAGCUGAGCCCAGCCCAGAGGGCCCUGCACAGGGACGUGAUGCUGGAGAACUACAGCAACCUGGUCUCACUGGGACUCUUAGGACCCAAACCAGAUAUGUUUUCCCAGCUAGAGAAAAGGGAAGCGUGGAUGCCAGAGGAUACCCCUGGAGGCUUCUGUCUUGACUGGAUGACUAUGACUAUGCCUGCCAGUAAGAAAUCUACUCUCAGGGUGGCGAUUCCUGAAGAAUUGGGCCAAUGGACGAUAAAGGAAAGAUUCCGCAGCAGCAGUCACUGGAAGUGUGCUAGCCUGCUGGGGUGGCAGUGUGGAGGCCAGGAGAUGAGUUUGCAGCGAGCGGUGCUCACUCACCCCAGCACCCCGUCUGGGAUUGGUGAACAGGAAUGGGAUGAAUCUGGCAGCACUAUGAGCUCAUCUCCUCACAGUGCUCAAAGUCAGGGAUUCCAGCCUCGCAAAAAUGCCUUUGAGUGUAGUGAGUGUGGGAAAGUCUUCUCUAAGAGUUCAACUCUUAAUAAACAUCAGAAAAUUCAUACUGAAAAAAACCCAAAUCAGAAAAUUCAUAUUAAAGAGAAAAGAUAUGAAUGUAGAGAAUGUGGGAAAGCCUUUCACCAGAGUACGCACCUUAUCCAUCACCAAAGAAUUCACACCGGCGAGAAACCCUAUGAAUGUAAGGAAUGUGGCAAGGCCUUCUCAGUGAGCUCCUCGCUUACGUACCAUCAGAAAAUUCAUACUGGAGAGAAGCCUUUUGAAUGCAACUUAUGUGGAAAAGCUUUUAUCCGAAAUAUACACCUUGCCCAUCAUCAUAGAAUACACACUGGAGAGAAACCUUUUAAAUGUAACAUUUGUGAAAAAGCCUUUGUGUGCAGGGCACAUCUUACCAAACACCAGAAUAUCCAUAGUGGAGAGAAACCCUAUAAAUGCAACGAAUGUGGAAAAGCCUUUAAUCAGAGCACAAGUUUUCUUCAGCAUCAGAGAAUCCACACUGGAGAGAAACCCUUUGAAUGUAAUGAAUGUGGGAAGGCCUUCAGGGUGAACUCUUCCCUUACUGAACAUCAGAGAAUUCAUACUGGAGAGAAACCUUACAAAUGUAAUGAAUGUGGGAAAGCUUUCAGGGAUAAUUCGUCCUUUGCACGACAUCGGAAAAUUCACACUGGAGAGAAACCGUACAGAUGUGGCUUGUGCGAGAAAGCCUUCAGAGAUCAAUCAGCACUAGCCCAGCAUCAGAGGAUUCACACCGGGGAGAAGCCUUACACAUGCAACAUAUGCGAAAAAGCCUUCAGUGACCAUUCAGCCCUCACCCAACACAAGAGAAUUCAUACCAGAGAAAAACCUUACAAAUGUAAAAUCUGUGGGAAAGCCUUUAUCCGAAGCACCCACCUUACUCAACAUCAGAGGAUUCACACAGGAGAGAAACCCUACAAAUGUAACAAAUGUGGGAAAGCAUUUAACCAGACUGCAAACCUCAUUCAACAUCAGAGACAUCAUAUUGGAGAAAAGUGACAUGAGUGCAGUUUGUCUGGAAGAUCUUUGAGACUGAGUAGAUUAAUUAUUGAAUGUAAGAUAAUCCAUUCUAGAGAAUGACUAUGAAAGCUUACAUCAAGAUCGUCACUUUAUUUACUGAGGGUCAACUUCCACAGUGUCAUGGGGUUUGGGCAUUUAAGAAUGGCAAACACUCAGCCAGGUGCGGUGGCUCACGCCUGUAAUCCCAGCACUUUGGGAGGCCGAGUGGGCAGAUCUCGAGGUCAAGAGAUCGAGACCAUCCUGGCUAGCAUGGUGAAACUCCUUCUCUACUAAAAAUACUAAAAAUUAGCCAGGCGUGGUGGCAGGUGCCUGUAGUCCCAGCUACUAGGGAGGCUGAGGCAGGAGAAUGGCGUGAACCCGGAAGGUGGAGGUUACAGUGAGCUGAGAGCACACCACUGCACUCCAGCCUGGGUGAUAGAGUGAGACUCCAUCUCAAAAAAAAAAAAGAAGAAGAAGAAGAAUGGCAAACACUCCUCAUUCUUUAAUACUGCUUCAAAUCGCAGUACUGUUUGAUUUGUCUGAAUUACCAAGUAUCAGAACCAAAAUGGAGCUUCAUUAACAGCAUUAAAAUUGGUUUAUCAAAUUACAUUUUGACUAUUAGAGAAACUGUGGAAUUGUAAAAAUUAAAGUUGAAAAGCAAAGGAACAAAAAAGUAAAAUGGCCUGCAAGCACUUCACUCUACUGGAUUCUCUUCCAUAAGAGAGUUGCCACCUUUAAUGGAAACCUUAGUCCUCUCCUCACCCACACCACCGACGCCCAGUGUAAAGAAAGUGCAGUCACCAUGCACCACCACCAAUUAUUUAAAUUACGCUUACCACCUUCUGCUUCAAACCAUCCCUUGUCACAUCUCUCUGGUCUGUGUGUCUGCUGGCUUAAUCCCUGUAGAAUCCCUGUGAGAUGAUUCAUUUGCCCCAAAUGACCCUCUCUGACUUAACAACUCCUAACUGUCUGGAUGGUGCCACCUAUCACUGCCCCACAUGGGGAGCGUGGUGAUCUGGUCUCAGUCACAGUCCACAAUUUUGAAUAUCACACCCAAAUCCAGCCUUCAGAACUUGGUAUCUCUGUCUAGAAGGCACAACUUGAUCAGAAUUCUUGAGUUACGCAUUUCCUCUGGGCUUCAGCUUGACUGACCCUGGGAUGGUACCUGAAGGAGGGGCUUUGCCUAUGCUGCCUUCACCCUCCAAUUCUUCUGUACUUAGUGACUGUACACAUCAGUCAGGGACUUGCUCAGCUUCAGGUGCAAUGAUCCCACCCACGUAAGUUGUAGUUUUCCCAAUCACCUCCCUCUGUCAUUACCCAUUUCUCUAUGUGCAAUUGAUACAAGAGGUGAAAGCCCCAAGGCCAGUUCUCAGAAUGCUCUGACCCACUCUUCCCCGGCUGGACAGUCCACUGUGUCCAUUGCAUUAGAGUACAUUUCCUGCUCCCAGAAUAAACUGCUGCAUCCUGGUC